AUGGACACGGCAAUUGACCUCUCGGACGCCUCCAAGGCCCUGGACCUCGCCAACAUCCGCUUCCAACUCAUCCGCUUAGAAGACACGAUAACCUUCCAUCUAAUCGAGCGUGUUCAAUUCCCCCUAAACCCAACAAUCUACGCCCCCGACGGCGUCUCAAUCCCCAAUGAACAUAUCAGCCUCAUGGACUACCUCCUCCGCGAGCAGGAACGCCUUCAGUCCCGCGUCCGCCGCUUCGAGUCCCCCGACGAGUAUCCUUUCUUCCCAUCCUCUCUCGAAAAGCCAAUUCUCCAACCCCUCUCUUACCCCAGGAUCCUACACGACAACGACGUGAGCGUGAACGAGGUAAUCAAGCAGCGCUACGUCGAGAACAUUCUCCCCGCGGUGUGCACAAGAUUCGGCGACCGCGGUGACCGCGGCGAAAAGCAGGAGAACUACGGGUCCGCGGCGACGUGCGAUGUGAGCUGUUUGCAAGCGCUGUCGCGGCGUAUUCACUUUGGGAAGUUUGUUGCGGAGUCGAAGUUCCAGAAGGAGACGGAGAAGUUUGUAGCGCUGAUUAAGGCCGAGGAUCGCAAGGGUAUUGAUGACGCCAUUACGGAUGCGAAGGUUGAGCAGAAGGUGCUUGAGAGGCUGGCCCUUAAGGCGAAGACUUAUGGCACGGACCCUGGGUUCCCUGAUCAGUCGGGACCGAAGAUUGAUGUUAAUGCCGUUCAGGCUAUGUACAAGGAAUAUGUCAUUCCUUUGACCAAGGUCGUGGAGGUAGAGUAUCUGAUGCAGCGCUUGAAGGGUACACAAUGGGAGUAA